UUUGUGAAAUCAUAAGUGAAGUGAAUAAUGCCGCCGAAAACUAGUGGAAAGGCAGCCAAGAAGGCUGGCAAAGCCCAGAAGAACAUCACCAAGACCGAUAAGAAGAAGAAGCGCAAGAGGAAGGAGAGCUACGCCAUCUACAUUUACAAGGUCCUGAAGCAGGUCCACCCUGACACCGGCAUUUCGUCGAAGGCAAUGAGCAUCAUGAACAGCUUUGUGAAUGAUAUCUUCGAGCGCAUUGCUGCCGAGGCGUCUCGUCUGGCUCACUACAACAAGCGCUCGACCAUAACCAGUCGGGAGAUCCAAACGGCUGUUCGCCUGCUCCUGCCCGGAGAGUUGGCCAAGCACGCCGUCAGUGAGGGAACCAAGGCUGUCACCAAGUACACCAGCUCCAAGUAAUUUUCUCUUGCUGCGUAUGGGCAGAAAGAUCCAAAACGGCCCUUUUCAGGGCCACA